CAUGCGUUAUCCCACCAGAAAACCGCGCGCACUUCGUCAAAGAUGGUGUGUAGUCUGUGGCUGCUGUCCGCGGGGGUGCUGGCAGUGGUGGGCGGUGUGUUGGUGGGAGGGAUCCAGGUAUGGAUGAGGGAGAAGAGCUACGUGUUCACUCCAGAGGACCUCGCCUCAAUAACCACUGACGUCCUCAAUGAAACACCUGGUGGUGGUCAUGAUGAGGUGUUUGGUGCUGUGGAGGCAGUUCUAAGGGACAGGUACCCAGCCCACAUCCUCCCUCCCAGCCAGAUGGAGUGGAUCUUCAUCAAUGCAGGAGGAUGGAUGGGGUCAUUCUACCUACUUCAUGCAUCACUGACAGAAUACGUUCUCUUCUUUGGCACUGCAGUUGACACAUCAGGACACUCUGGUAUGCGUAAUGACUGCGUGUACACGUGCAUGGGUAUAAUGCUUGUCAACUUGCCUGUUGAUAAGUAUAUAGUCUGUGGUGGAGGUUAUGAAAGAAAUCGUACUGAAAUGUAUCACUGUGGCACCUUGCUACUGCAGGUCGAUACUGGGCCAAUGUCUCAGAUACUGUCAUAUCAGGAGAGUUUAGACAGUGGAAAGAAGGCACCACAGAGCUUUAGUCCUGCCUACACUUUACCUCUCUUCCUUCUUUCCCCAAUAACAAACACACACACACAGUCAGUGGUCUAUGUGCGGGGAGACACUCUGCUCCACCAGGUAGGAGAGGCUGCGGCCAUCCAGUGGAGCUCGGGGACCUGGAUGGUGGAGUACGGUCGCGGUUUCAUCCCCUCCACUCUGGGAUUUGCCCUCUCUGAGACCGUACUCUGCACGCAGGACCUGUACCUCCUGUACAGGACACUCAGGAUCUAUACCGUGGCUCUUCUACAAGAGAUGUGGUACAACGGAAACUUCUAG